ACACAGUGAGUUAUAASAUGGACUAUGGCCAGAUGUUGAAGAUUUUGCCAAAAAGCUAGCAUUGUAAACAUUGARUAGGGCUUCUGCCCUCACUAGAGGGAACCAACAUGACCGACAAGCAGGAGCAGGCAGAAAGUCAAGAGCAGCAGGACAGAAAAGAUCAACCCAAGAAACAGGAGAGGUCAGARCGUAAUGAAUGGGUUGAAAUUGUUGAGCCUCGUUCAAGGGAGCCAAUGUACGCCAAUCUCAAGACUGGACAAUGCCUGUGGGAACCCCCCGAGGGGGUAAAAGUUAAACGUGCUGAUGACAGUCAUUGGUGGGAGCUGUAUGACCAUAAGACAAAACGCUAUUACUAUUACAGUGCUGCCUCCCAAACUACUGUAUGGCGCAAACCUAAAGACUGCGACAUCAUCCCAUUAGCCAAGCUGCAGAGUAUGAAAGCAAAGGAAAAACGAAGACUUGCUAAACUGAAGGAAUACAAGAAAGAAAGCUAUGAGAGGAAGAAAAGAGAAGGUAGUUUACGUCAAAAUGCACUCGAUCGUGAGGACAGGACAAGGACCAGCAGCUCAAGGCGAGAUAGGGAAGGGUCGAGUAGUAGAAGACGUUCAUCAAGAAGACAUGAAGUUUCAGGGGAUAAAGAAAAUGAUGGCACUUCAAAGUCCAAAGCUAUCAACCAAGACGAUACUCUAUCUAACGAGGUCCAAAGCGURCUAGAAAAACGACAUAGUGAGGACAGUAUUCGAAGUCUACCAUCGCCCCCAACAUCCAGUCCCGACCCUAGGGACCACCCUGUGGAAGGGGCAGUUGGAGAAGGGGACCAUAUUGAAGAGGUUUCAGGGCGUGUGACACCGUCUGGGACUUUGUCAAGAAACGGUGAAGUCAAUAGCGGGACUCCAUCUGGGACAUUAGAGCGUGACAGUACCACCAGUCCAUCAGGAAGCUUUCAUCACAAGUCAAUCUAUGACAAUGUYACGACACCAGUAAACCCACCAUAUGACAUGGACCAUGAACUGAACGGUGACAAUCACUCAGACGAAGGUAACCAAUAUUCUAGUGAAGAGUCCCUCAGCAUACGACUACAGGCUGGUGGUAUGCCAGCGAACACGGCGAACCUCGUAGAAGCAUGCUCACCUCCUCCCUCGGAGAAAAGCCACCGCUCUUUACGUCACCAGCGACAACAGUCAGAUAGCGCCGUAGCGAGAGUAUUUCGCGAGGAGGAGGACAUGAAGCGCGAGAAAGAACUUGCAAUGAAAGGAAGUUCUUCGACUYUACCGAGACCAAGUAGACCGUCGUCAAUAGCAACAACACAGGGAUCCCAUUCACAUCAUAACACGCUGGAGCGCUCUCAUUCUGUACCGAGCUCUAAAUCGUUAUUCAGAGGCCUGGGUAAUUAUGAAAAUUACUUAAAUCAGCAUACUAAGGGAAUCUUUAGGAGAAAACGAGUCUCAAUCGCCAGUAUGAUGUCAUGGUCCAAGGUUCCUAUAAAGAAACCGCUGAUCCUAAUGAAUGACAGGCAACUAAAGCGAGAAGCAGUCGAAGUGUUCAAGCUGGUCUUGAUGUACAUGGGUGACCGCGCCUCGCGCGGUAGAGAUCUGGAUAACAUAGCGUUAGAUAUUACGACACGAGGCUGGGAAACCGCGCCKCUUAGAGACGAGAUCUAUAUACAGCUUUGCAAACAAACGACUGAUAAUGGCAGGCCGGAGGGACUUCGGCUUGGUUGGGAGCUUGUCGCGGUAUGUUUAGCGUUGUUCCCACCCUCGACAAAAUUUCAUUCUUACUUGGAUGGUUAUAUAUCUCGUAAUUUAGAAAAUAAAGACUUUGAAAAUUUGGAUAUUGUUAAACACUGUAAAAAGCAACUGGAGAAAAUCGCUCGUGCUGGUCCAAAAAGAGGGCUUCGUAAACCAACACUAGACGACAUUCGACAGUCUAGGCACUAUAUAUUCCACCCUUCCAUGUUUGGCUCAACGCUUGAUGAAAUCAUGGAGCAACAAGCAGAGAGAUAUCCAGACUUGAAGCUCCCAUGGAUUUUAACGACCCUCGCUGAACUUGUCCUCGCAAAAAAUGGUUCACAGACAGAAGGAAUAUUUAGAAUACCUGGCGAUAUAGACGAAGUCAACGGCUUGAAGAUUAAACUAGAUCGAUAUGAGACGCCGGASUGGGUCUCAGACCCUCACGUCCCCGCCUCGUUACUGAAAUUAUGGUUUAGAGAGCUUGCUGAACCUUUAUUACCUCAUGAAUUUUAUGAAAAAUGUAUAACGAAUUGUGAUGAUUCCACGGUAGGAACAGCUAUAAUCCUGGCUUUACCGGAGAUCAACCGAUUAGUGUUUUCGUAUCUUAUUCGCUUCUUACAGAUCUUCUCUUUACCUGAYGUGAGCUCAAUAACCAAGAUGGAAGUAAACAAUCUCUCCAUGGUAUGGGCUCCGAACUGUCUCCGAUUUCCUUCCGAAGACCCGAUCCAAAUGUUCGAGAACACAAGACGAGAAAUGACAUUUAUUAGGACUUUAUUAUGGAAUUUAGAUACCAGUUAUAUGGAGGGGAUCCGAUAGACGUACAUAUAGUCUUAUAUAUUAUAUGAUAAGAAGAACUCAGAACGCAUGGUCAAAAGAGAUGGCAACGAGGAUUCAGUAGUCUACAGCCCCCUCCCUACCUUUCCUCUAUUCACUAUAGAGUCAUGGCGCUUUUUCUUUUCUCUAAUAAUAAUUUAUCAAAGGUUGCUUUCGUGYCAUCUCUUUUGGGUAUACGUUUUGUAAUCUCAAGAAGACUCCGCUGUAAUGAUUAACCUCUGCAACACUCUACAGUACUGGUUAAAGCCAUGUAUGUGGUAUGUGCCAGAGAAACAUCUAGAUACAAACUACGAUUCAAUGUGCCUKUGUUUUUAAUCUUGUCAGAGCAUUUCAGAAAGUGCGAAAAACUUUCCAGUCUGAUGCGUUCUGUUGUUUUUAAGCCGGGUCGGGUGGUUGAAGGGAUAGUAUGUAAUAAAUGAUAUCAUUCAUCAGGCCCAAAAUGCACAGACGACUUUUACCAACGAGUACUUGAAAAGUGACUAAAGUCCAGUAUGAAUGCGAGUUCGGGGAUUACCUACAAGUCUGGGAUUUCUUCUCUUUAGAAUAUUCUUUACCGAGUUCAUCCCGAGUAAAUCCCGAUUUUUUCCCGAAGAAACGUGAUGUUUUUCCAUGGAGUURGUAACUGAAGAAAUGACAGUAACUGAGGUUAAACUCAAAAUGUUGGUMGUGAUUUUGCGGUGGUCGUUUUAUUGGGUGUGRCUGUGUGAAAUUGAUUUAUUUCAAUGUAAAAAUCAGUCUCAUAUAUCAAAGUAAAUGAUUUAUUAUUGCA